AUGAAUCUAGUAAAUGCUUAUUCUUCUGAUUCCGAGUCCGACUCUUUCUCUGGAUCUGAUAUAAAUUCGGAUAAUUUUGAUCAAGUUUCUGGUGAAAUACUACCCAAGGUUAAAGACUCAGAUCUUCACGACAAUAAACUAAUACCGGGACUUAUACCACGGCAGAUACGCUUCAAGGAGCAAAGAAUACAGGAACCAGAAAUUGAUGAGGAACAACUUGAAAUUUUAAGAUAUAAUCAGUUGGAUAAUAUUCACGAUGGUGAAGCAAAGCCAUUAGAAACGGAUAUAGCGAACAUUUUUGGGCUGCAGCGACAAGACGGUCAAAAUGCCACAAAAUUUGCCGAUACAACAAAAGGGACAAUUAAAGAGGCAUUAAAUACAGUUAGAAAGUUCAAAAAUUCAGAUUUUGAAAACGUCAAAAUAUUACCGCUCAAACGGAAAGCCGAAGAUGAAACUAAGUCCAACUCGAAGGAAAGAAAGACAGCAAAGGAGCCGGUAAUGCAGGAAAUUAACAUGACCAACUUUUAUAAGCAGAAUUCGGAACUCAUCAGGGAAGGGAAACUUAACAUAAACGAACAAAUCAGACAGAACGCAUCCCCGAAAUACUUUUCUGCCGGUAAUAAUAAUUUGACUCAUAUAAUUCAAUUUACUGAGAAGAACAAGACACUUUUGAAACCAAAGAGUGAAGGGACAAAUAAGGAACAAUAA